AUUGAAACAUAACCACAACCUCAGUGCUGCUGCAUACAAGAGCAUUAGCUGUUUGCUGGGCAGCCUAAUGGGCAAACGUCACUUACGGCUCCAUAGAGCCCUAGAGUCAUGUCAUCACAAAAAGAAAAAAAAAGAAGAAGAAGAAGAAGUAUGCAAACCAGAGACCUCAGACAUUAGUAUCUCAUUUCAGUUUUGACUUUGAGCAGCAAAGAACAAGUCUAUGAUUUAAUUUUCUAAAACGCACAUGCAGACUCUGCAGUUCAGCAGUUUACUAAUGCAUAAUUUUUGAGCUGGCAAUUAACAUUACAGGUGGUUUGCCAAGCUUUUCGGUUUGUAGGACUGUUUAGUACUGAAUGUCAGUGAUGUUGAACAGCACUAGUGGCCUUUGGGUGGUCACAACACCCAGUGUUCUAUCAAGUGUCAGUUACUCCGAGAUGACUAGUAAGCAAAGCGCAACAACCUUUGUUUACCCAAGUGUUGAGGAACCAUGUGAUUAUGGACCCCAUGCAAGCCGUUUUCUCCCAGUGCUCUACUCCCUGUUCUUCGUGGUGGGCUUCCUGGGAAAUAUGCUGGUGCUGUGGGUGAUCCUGAGAGGUGCUCAGAUGAAAAGCAUGACUGACGUGUCUCUCCUUAACCUGGCCAUUGCUGACCUCCUACUCAUCUUUUCUCUCCCUUUCCUGGCUCACUAUGCCCAAGGUCCCUGGGUUUUUGGUAAUGCCAUGUGCAUGUUGGUCCUUGGUGUGUACUACAUUGGAUUUUAUGCUGGCAUUUUCUUUAUUGUGCUGAUGAGCAUUGACAGAUACUUGGCUAUUGUCCAUGCUGUGUUUGCCUUGAGAAUCCGAACAAAGGCUAAUGGGAUUUUAGCGAGCAUGGCGAUUUGGAUUAUAGCGAUUGCAUCAUCAUUUCCUGAGCUACUGUAUAUUGGAGUUAUAAAUGGCUCAGAAAAAAUUUGCAGUGCUUAUCCAGUAGAAAAUCACACAGUACACAAUCAUGCAAGAAGUGUAGCUUUCAUUAAAAUGAAUGUUUUGGGCCUGCUAAUUCCGCUGAGUAUUGUGGGAUUUUGCUACUCAAUGGUACUGCGACAGCUUCAGACGGUUCGUAAUUCCAAGAGACUGGCCAUUCGUCUUGUUGUUGCGGUCAUGGUAGUCUUCUUCUCCUGUUGGACACCAUACAACAUUGCAGCAUUCCUCAAAGCACUGGAAUUGUGGGAAAUCCUGGCCACAAACUGUGAGUCAAGUAAAAGGAUCCAGCUGAUGCUGCAAGCCACUGAAGCUGUGGCAUACUCGCACAGCUGCCUCAAUCCAUUCCUCUACGUGUUUGUGGGUGAAAAGUUCAGGAAGCACAUCGCUAGGCUCCUCCUCCAGACACCAUGCAUCCAUGUGCAGUGUAUGAAGCGCUACGUGACCCGAGCUGCAGCCUCUGUGUAUUCACAGACCACAAGUGUGGACGAACGCUUAGCUGGUCUCUGAGUGCUGGAGGAACAUGAAAUCUUAUUGUACAACUCCACUUAUAAAUGCACAUUAAUUUUAUAUGUACUGGUGAAAAUCACAUGUGUAUUUGCAUGCUUUAUAUAUUCCUGCAUGUAGAUAAAUAAAGAACACCAUAGUAUGCCCCAAACUGUUCUUUUCGUUGGGGUGGUACCCAUAUGUAUUAUCCACCUAUGUCAUGAAUGUUGUGUCUAUAGUGAAUAUAGGGUAUCUUUUUAAUGUAGAUUUUAUAUAUAAUUGAACUGUAAUUGCAUCUUUGAGUAAAACAUGGAUGAUACCUGAUUUAAAUAUGCCUACGUCUACAAAAGAUUGUUGUUGAUUGACUGAAGUGUUGUUUUUGCACAUCGUCAGAAAUCACCACCAUAAAUACUGGAGACAGUAUAAUACCAUGUGACUGACUUUACAGUCUAAAAUUGUGUCUGAAAUCUCACAAAUAUAUAUUACUGAUAGCUACUGAGUACUAAUGCUAAUCAUUUUCCUCCUUCUGCUUCGUGUUUGAAUUUUUAAAAUGUCUGUCUUGAGUACCAGCCUUCUGAAUUAUUUACUUUCAAAGGUCGAGUCAGAGUUUUCUGCAGACACAGCUCCAACAAUGGCAACAACCAUGAUGAAAGUGGAAAGUUUUAAUGAGAAACAUUGUGUUUAAAGCAUAUAUGCAGAACCAUGGCCUCACUUUUUGUUUAUAAAUGCCUUGAGACCUCAAGAAUGGCACAGGAAUAGUUUUAAGCAUUAACAAUAAAUCUAAUAUUGUAAUUUUUAUGAUUAAAGUGAUUUAUGUAGGUAGCGGUCUGAGUGAAUGACCUUGAUGUCUGUGACCUCACAGCAGGAAGUCUAUCGGUCUCAUCGCCAUUUCCACUAUACUAAAACACAGAGCUGACUGCAACUCUGAUCCUCCUUUUUGAGCUAAUUUAUUGUCAUGCCACGUAGAUGUGUUGCUGGUGGGUGCAGCAACAUGACAGAAUGUGGAUUUACGUUGCAUUCAUGGCCCAAGAAUGUUCAAACUGCAAAGAUUUGGACACGUUUUACGAGAAGUUCACGGGCACAUUGGGCGCCUACAACAUGGUCUCUUCUCUGCUCUGCAUAUUUUACUGAAGACUCAUACGAGACCUCUGAUCUGUUGAGGAGCGUUGGCUAUAAGCUCAUAUUGAAAGAGGGUGCAGUACCAACAAUUAAGGAAAAAUAAAACUAUGAGAAAAGGAAAGUAAGUUCAGUUGCACCAGUUCUCUGGGAGUGUGAGCCGAGGGUUGUUGCUAAAACCCAGGAUGGAAUGGGACAUAUUAUUGCUCAGGCAGUGACCUCCCCGCGGUUGUUGCUAAAACCGGAGAUGUCCCGUCCCGGGUUUUAGUAAUUGCCUGAGCCAAACACUAAUGGCAGAGUACUCAGUAUGGAGAAAAUAGAGAAUGAGUGGACCAGCUGUCUGAUUCCUCCACUGGAUAUGCUUGGCUCAGCAGCAAUAUCUCACCCUUACAUGGAAAAAGCGAAUGAAUGGAGAACUGAACGAACAACUGAAAGUCAGAUUGUUUCAAAACAAUCAGCCACAAGAUCGGCCUUCAAGAAGCAAGAACAUAGACUGGUAAGCUGCGACACUCAUUUGAUACAAAAACAACAACACUUCUUGUUUACCUGCAUUUAGAUUAAUCCAUGCAACUUGUACUGUGUAUUCAAGUUAUCGGUAUAAGAUUAUUUAAUGUGCUUCAGAAUGUGAUUGUCUUCGUUCACCUGAUUAUUUAAUUAGCCUUUUAUGUUUUAUCAGUGAAAAUGCAUGUAUGUACAUGUAUGUUGCAUAAGUUACUGUAUAACUUAUAUACAGUAACUUGACCCUGUUGGGUUCUUCUGUCACAUUCCACCGAAAAGUGCCCUACUGUUGGCGUCUUAUUGGUGAUGUACUAUUUAACCCAUAGCUGGAACCCAGGCAGUUGCUAUCAGAAUCAAAAGCACUUUAUUGCCAGGUAUGUUACACACAUGAGGAAUUUGACUCCGGUUCGACUUAGCUUUCAUAGUACAGACAGAAAAAAAGUAUAGGGGAAAAAAAAAUACACACACACACACACAGAGUCUCACUGCAGUGAACUCCAGGGGGAUAAUCGCGUUUCUACAGAAACGGCCUUGAAGGCAGCGCUGGCUAGGAGAGCCAAGAUAAGAUUGGAAUUUGUUUAGACGUGUCCUUUGUCGCUUAACCCGCUUGUUCAUUCUGGCCACCAAAAUGAUCCAUUUCUCUUUGCAAAGCCAUCAACUUCUCCAUGGUGUUAUCAAUGUUGCGACUCAAGUUCUACAGCCACAGUCUGAUUGCCAACGGCUCUGCCCACCGCUUCAAAUUCAUGUCGGGCAGCUUUGUGGGGCUUUGAACAGCUGCCCCCGUUAACUGAUUUCCUCGAUACACCAGGGCAAUGCCAAGUCCAAUCAGCAAAAAUCCUGUGAUCAUGGUUCCGAAUAGGUAAAUAUCCUCAAUGUCCUCCACGGAAAGAAUCGCCAAGCACACCACACGCCACUUCUCCCAGGCAUCCAUGGUGUAUCCGGCUGCAAACGUUCCGGCAGGACAGGCAGGUUCCCCCGAACCCCAGGCUUCUCAUCGAGAAGAUUGUGUCAAUUGCAUGAAGUGACCAGUUGAUCAAAUCCAUAAUUUCGAUUCGGAGAACAGUGCAGGAAGGGUCUCUCAGACAAGACGAGUUCACAGAAGCAAAGCAGGAGAGAGGCUUGUCAGGAAGGGAGAGGAGACGAGAGAUGAGAGGAAAAAACACCCACACAUUUCGCUCCUAUCAGGACCAGAAUAUGUAGGCAUUAAAAAAAAACUCAGCGCAGCAUUCCGUGAAGCACGGAGAAGAAUUAACAACAAUUACACAAAAACAUAGAAAAACAUAGAAAGUAUGAGAGAGCAAAGUCCCGUGGCAGCCAUCUGCGGCGCCAUCUUGGAUGGAAAGAUUUUUUUUUUUUUUUGCUACCACUCUGGGUCAGAGUAGAUCUGGGAGCAAUGGUGAUUAAGGGGUAACUCCACUUUUCCCAAAUCUGGUGAUUUCAGACAAUAAUACUGGAAAUGUAUAUUUGUAUGUAUAUUUCUGCAGAAUGAUGGAAUAUGCUUUGACAAAUGUAUGAAAUGAAACAAUGUGUAUUUUAUUUACUUAUUUUAUUUACUUUUUUUUUUUCUUGGGGUCAACUGGUGAAAGUUGUUUAAAAAUAUAAAGUCUGUGGAGAUUUUAGUGGUUUUCUGCCUCGACUGUUGCAAUAUGAUGUUCAUGUUCUUAUUUUUCCUUGUUUUAUUCUUGAUUUUUUUUGUUCCUCUAUGAAAAAAAAUCUCUCUUUAUGCAUCUUCUCAUUCUCAUGUAUUUCAUCAGAAUAUUUUUGAAGAUAUCACCAGAUGAAAGAUUGCAUCUGCAAUUUUCUUUUGUUGUUGCCAAGGCAGGUGCAGAUACAAGUUGUGGCAUUGCUACCAUAUAAUCAAUAUUUUGUGAUUUAAAAGUGCAUCUUCUUACUCCCUUCAUUUCUGUUUAUUAAAUUUACAGCAUACUGAAGAGAAGUUGUUAAUUUUGCAAGUUCACAAAGUGAGAAGGGUGUGGUUUGAAAUAAAAUUUGCAUUUAUCUCCAAAA